AUGGCAUUGUCACCCAAGAGGGUGGACAUAGUCGACAUCCGGGAGAAUGACAUGCAAUUCUCCCUCGUUAGCGAGAUCGAGAAAGGCCUGAACCUUUCCGACGGGGCUCGGCGGCGGUCAUUACCGACCAUGCUCCUCUACGACUCCGAAGGGCUGAAGCUGUUCGAGAAGAUCACGUAUCUAGACGAAUAUUACCUGACAAACGCCGAGAUUGAGGUGCUGGAAACGCAUUCUCGACGUCUCGUUGAAAAGAUCCCUAGCAACGCACAGCUUCUAGAGCUCGGUAGUGGAAAUCUCCGAAAGAUUGAAAUCCUCCUACGCGAAUUUGAACGGGCCGGAAAACCAGUAGACUACUACGCCCUUGAUCUCUCCCUAUCCGAACUUGAGCGCACUUUCUCGAAUGUCGCUGUUGAAGAGUAUAAGAGUGUUGGAUUCCAUGGUCUUCACGGGACAUACGACGAUGGGCAUACCUGGCUAAGUGACCCCAAGAACAGAGAGCGGCCGACGGUUGUUCUGUCCAUGGGCUCCUCAUUAGGAAACUUUAGUCCGCCCGAGGCAGCGGCAUUUCUCGCUGGAUUUGCCAAGCUCAUGAAGCCAUCUGACAUGAUGGUCAUCGGGCUUGAUGCUUGUGAGGAUCCACAGCGGGUAUACAAAGCCUACAAUGAUUCAGCUGGAAUUACACGGAAGUUCUACGAAAAUGGCCUUGUCAAUGCCAACAAGACUUUUGGUCGCGAAGUCUUCCGACCUGAGGAAUGGGAAAUUGUCACUGAAUACGACGAAGUCGACGGCAGGCACCAGGCUUUCUACGCACCCACAAAGAACUUGACUAUCUGCAAUGUCCAUCUCAAGCGGGGCGAGAGGAUCAUUUUCGAAGAGGCAUUUAAGUACGGCUCAGAGAGACGAGAGAAGUUGUGGCGUGAGGCUGGCCUGCUUGAGGCUGCUGAGUUCGAUAGCAGCUCUGGCGAUUACCAUCUACAUCUUCUGCAGUCGGCAGCUCUGAACCUACCGCUUGUGCCAUCCCAGUACGCGGCUAGCCCUAUUCCCAGCUUAGAUGACUUCCAGUCGCAGUGGACUGCAUGGGACAUUGUUACGAAAGCAAUGAUCCCGCAAGAAGAACUGCUUUCAAAGCCGAUCAAACUACGAAACUCUUUGAUAUUUUACCUAGGACAUAUUCCCACAUUUGCUGAUAUCCACUUAACCCGUGCGCUGAGUGGCAAGCCGACAGAUCCAAAGUCGUACCAAUUAAUUUUUGAGCGAGGCAUUGACCCAGACGUUGACGAUCCGGAGAAGUGCCAUUCCCACAGUGACAUUCCUGACGAAUGGCCAUCGCGUUCCGAAAUCUUAGACUACCAAGAUCGGGUAAGGAACAAGAUACGACCCACGCUCAAUCUGGCUGGCCUCUCCCAGAACAGGACGUUGGGCGAAGCCCUGUGGAUAGGAUUCGAGCACGAGGCUAUGCAUUUAGAAACUUUCCUUUACAUGCUCAUUCAAAGCGAGAGAGUUCUUGCUCCGCCAGCAAUUACAGUACCGGACUUCAAGAAGAUGUUCCUUGACGCUCGGCAGAACGAGAAAGCGAACAAAUGGUUCGCUAUACCAGAGCAGACUCUAUCGAUCGGGCUUGACUGUUCGGAAGACUCAAUGCCUGAGUCAUCAUUCGGAUGGGAUAACGAGAUACCCAAGCGCACCGUGACGGUCCGACCGUUCGAGGCGCAAGGAAGACCCAUCACAAACGGUGAAUACGCCCGGUACCUUCAAGAGAAUGGUAUCUGCGAGUGGCCAGCCUCCUGGAUCAUGACCGAUCAACAGGAUGGGGUUGCGCACGGCAGCACCGCAGCCGAGGAUUUCCUAACCGACUUCUCUGUCAGAACUGUUUUCGGCCCUGUGCCGCUGAAACUCGCUCAGGACUGGCCAGUAAUCGCGUCAUAUGAGGAACUCGAGCGUUACGCCUCAUGGAUGAACUGCCGCCUGCCCACAUUCGAAGAAACGAAAAGCAUAUACGCCCACGCAGCCCAUCUAAAGAAAACUGCCACGAAUGGCACAGCCGACGGAGCACCAACCAACGGACUGAAGAAUGGCUAUCACAAGCCCCAUCUCAGAAACGGCACCAUCAAGACUCACCCGUCCGCAACCCAGCCCGUCCUCCCACCCAGCACCUCUGCGCCGUCACCACCCGUCUACAUCGACCUCACAGAAUGCAACGUCGGAUUCAAGAAUUGGCAUCCCACGCCCGUCAUCCAGAACGGCGACAAAUUAGCCGGUCACGCAGAGUUCGGCGGCGUCUGGGAGUGGACUUCGUCGCCGCUCGAGCAGCAUGAGGGCUUCAAGGCUAUGGAAAUUUACCCCGGCUAUACCUCCGACUUCUUUGACGGAAAGCAUAAUAUCAUCCUCGGUGGUUCUUGGGCUACGCAUCCCCGGAUUGCGGGGAGGACGACGUUUGUGAACUGGUACCAGCGCAACUAUCCUUACCCAUGGGCUGGGGCCCGACUUGUCCGGGACAUUUAG